GUUAUCUGGAAAUGUUUAAUAAGUGGCUCCGCAUUCGGCGAAAUAAACUUGAUAGUGCUCCGUGUGUUAUUGUUUCACUGUAAGAUCUGCCACCCAGACAGCUAUACAUAUUGCAGAGGGGAGAGGUGGGGUAUGCAGUCAUGUGGAAAGGAAAACACCUGCCGCAGUGGGACGGAUGAAAGCAACUCGAUCGUACCAGCUAAAACUUACGAAAGCGAAAGUUAACCAGGAAGUGACUCGUUGCAAAAGCUAACCAAGAAGUGUCUCCAUAUUAAAAAAGACGGCUCUCACAAUUUUCAUGUGAGAAAUGGCUCACUCUACCAGUUACCUAUCGACAGCGCCUCGUACACCAGCCAUAUCUAAAGUCGUACCUUUGACAGAAGUGUCGGGAGACUUCCCAAAUAUCUUGGAUGAUUUUACAAACAGUGGACCACAUGGCAGGCCGUGGCCAAUGGGUAGAACUCAUCUUAUUGUGCAUUUUCCCGAAAACGCCGAACUUCCAGAUAUGUACACCUGCAGUACACCCGUUGACCCGUAUACCUCCAACACAACCGGUGUCCACGCCGAAAUGAAUGCGAUACCUUACCUAGAGAACCUACAUGUGAAAAGAGUCGUCAUGUACCUGAAUUGGUCCCCAUGCAGUGGUUGCAGCGGCGAGAUAAAAAAAUUGGUAGAGACAAAAAGAAGUGACCCGGAUUUUUUUCUGGAGAUCGUCUUUAGGGGCGUGUACAAAAUUAGAAAAGAAUCUUGUACACAAAAAUGCAAUUGUCGAACGGCUCCAGGCAAUCCCGAAGGACUGUACAACCUCAGCCUAUUGGAACCUUUUUGCACUUUGCGUAGUUUUAAUAGGAAGGAUUGGCAAGAUCUUGAACGAUUGCUCGAUAAAAGGGAUCCCAACAUAGCUUUUGAAGAGUUGAGUAUUCACGAUCAACCGACAAAUGAUGAAAUGGACGUAGAAGUUGCUACUGAUUUAGUAGCGAUUUUGAGGAAUCAAUAUAAAGGUUACAUAGCAAGACCUCCUACACAAUACGGGUCUCUUGUACCCUUGAAAUACAUGACGGGGGACAUUGAAGGUAUCCUUGAUGACUUUAGAAGCAGUGGACCUCAUUUUUAUCCGAAUUCAGUACCUAGAACUCAUCUUAUUCUGCAUUUUCGCAAAGACGACCUUCAAAGUAUGCAUACAUGUACCUCCUCUGGGUUUGAUGAAAUGCAUGCCGAAAACCAUGCAAUAAGUUACCUACAAAAGCGCCAAAAAACCGGGAGAAUCGUCAUGUACUUGAACUGGGCCCCGUGCCAUGAUUGCAGCAAUGCUUUAAUCGCUUUGAUACAGGAGAAGGAAACUGUGCCGGAUUUUUUUCUAGAGAUCGUCUUUAGGGGCAUACGCUAUAACAGAAGACCAUCAUGCACGGUGCAUUGCGGUUGCGUCGAUGAGAGCCCCGAAGGACUGCGUGCCCUUAGUCGUAUGGAACCUUAUUGCACUGUGCGAAGUUUUAAUAGGCAGGAUUGGAAGAAUCUUGAAGGAUUGUUUGACAAUAUCGAGCGAUGGCAUAGGGAUUCCAUCGAUGGCGACAUUGCUGAUGAUUUUAGGUGGAUGCAGUAUCAGUAAUCACAGUGGGUAUUUACAAACCAUGCUGGUUGUAUUGAUAUGUACAUGCAGUUUGACUGUUGUGGUGUAAAAAUUGAUGAUUAUGCGUAAAUUAACCGAAAGAAAACGCAUUUAAAGAACAUCUGACGUAACAACACAAUCAUUUGUCACAUGAUAAAGAUGGUGACUUCUUUUGAAAUCUAAGGGUAACACCUAACAUGAACUUGCAUGAAGCCAUUUUUUAUGAAAGAAAGAGAUAAAAUCAUUAUAUAUAUAUAUA